AUGCCAAUAAACACGGGUCUCCCUCCUAAUUGGACAAUCAAAGUCUCAAAAACCCACGACAAAGAGUACUUCUUCAACCAAGCGACCAAAGAGUCGUCGUGGGAUGCUCCAUACGGGACCGACACCGAUGAGCUAAAUGAGUACUUGAGGAAAUUCAAAGAGAAUGGGAAAAGGCCAGUCAUUAACAAAGAUGGUCAGAUUAGAGUCAGCCACAUUUUGACAAAGCAUAAACAAUCUCGAAACCCAAAAUCAUGGAGGAACCCAGAUAUUAGUAUUACGAGGGAGGAGGCUAUAAAUAUCACUAGAGACAACCUUUCUAAGGUGUUGAAGGGAGAAACAUCAUUCAAUGAACUAGCUGAAUCCGUGAGUGACUGCAGCUCCCAUAGUAGGUCGGGGGAUUUGGGCUUCUUUGGAAAGAAGCAAAUGCAACCUCCUUUUGAAAAUGCUGCUUUCAAUUUACAUGUGGGCGAGAUAAGUGAUUUGGUGGAGACGGAUAGUGGAAUUCAUAUCAUACAGAGAACUGGAUGA